GGGUCGUUAGACCCCCAAAGGGGUCGCGACCCACAGGUUGAGAACCGCUGAUCUAGAGGAACCUCAGGCUGAGCCUUGAACCCAGCCUGACACCUACCUCCACUUAGAACCUAGUGGAGUGCUGAGCCCCGAUCCAAGCAACAGUGUAACUGCAGUCCCAAUUCAAGCUCCACUGCCCUGCAUUAGCAUUCUGAACAGGCCUGGGGGUUCCGGGGCUGCAUCCCUUGAACAGGGAGCCAGCAAGCAAGCAUCCUGGAUCUCAGGGCCUAUGGCUGUGGCCCAAGGGCUGGGCUCCUCCUACCUCCCUGAGUGGCAUCCCCCCGGCAAGAGUCCCCUGCCCUGUGAGCCCCUAGGGCCCUGUGCCCUGCUGGGCCAGGCUCUCCCGCAGCCUCCCUGGCCCGUGACCUGCCCAGACCUGUUCUAGAUUCCACACCACCCUUCCCCAAGGCUGCCUCCACCUCCCACCUGCCUGGCUCGGGCAGGGCCUCCUGAGACUCAGCUGGGAAGGCUGGCAGGCGGGCGGCUGGGGCGGGCUCCGGGGCCAUGGAAGCCACAGCGGAGCCCGUGCUCUAUCGGAAACUGCUGCUCUGGGAGGAGAGCUGGGAGUCUGGGGAAGAAGAGGAGGAGAUAGCAGAGUCCCUCGUUCCGGGCCCCUGGAAGCCCCAGGACUCCUCUGGGAAGAAAGUUGGUGCUCGGCCCGGGGCCUGGGCUCAGCUAGUGGCCGCCCUGCUGCUGUUGGCCGUUGGCUUCUCCCUGGCCAUGUGGCAACUCCACACCAGGGCUAGCGCUACAGAAACCUCGGGCUCUGGGGCCCCUCCCCCCAGCGGGCACUCACACCGCCCUGGCGUCUACCACCACGGUGCCAUCAUCAGCCCUGCAGCCCCGUGCUCCGACCUGGGCCGAGAGCUGCUUGUUGCCGGGGGCAAUGUCGUGGACGCCGGAGUUGGAGCAGCUUUGUGCCUGGCAGUAGUGCAUCCUCAUGCCACAGGGCUAGGUGCCAUUUGA